AUGGAUGAUAUAAUUGCAAAUCUUUCCCAAUUUGUCUAUAAGUUUAAGCUAGAUAUUUACCAUGCUGAUCACAAUAUUUGUAUAAAAGAAGAAGUUAUUUUCAAAAUUGCAGUAGUCAAACAAGACUGUCAUGUAGAGUUUAUGCGAGUAAUGUUUGGUUUAGUAGAGGGACCAUCAAUUAUAUCAAAAGUAGUAAAAACAACUUAUGGAAAAUUGUUUAAUGAUGUAAUAAGGGCAUAUUUCGACGACAUCACAGGUGGAGCUAACUCAAUUAAUGAUUUCCUAAUAAUUUUAAGACAAGUUUUCGAACUAACUCGACAAAAAAAUCUUAAAUUAAAUCAGAAAAAAUGUAUUUUUAUUGACAUAAAAAUACCACUGUUUGUAAAAUUAGUAGGUUAUAAGCAAGAAAGAGUAUAUCCAAAACGUACAGUAGCUGUUGAAUAA